AUGAGCUUUGACUAUUACGGCAAACGAUUGGCCACGUGCAGCUCCGACCGGAAGAUCAAAAUCUGGGAAGAGCUCGGCCACGAGUGGCGGCUCGAGUACGAGUGGAACGCGCACCAGGCGAGUGUGUGGAAGGUCGAGUGGGCCCACCCUGAGUUCGGCCAGAUCUUGGCCUCGUGCUCGUUCGACCGCACGGUGUCGAUUUGGGAAGACCAGGGCAUGUACUUGAACGCCGGACAGGGCGCCGUCUUGAGCAGCGACGCAGCGACGGCCAAUGGAGGAGGAGCUCCAGCAGCGAUCGCAGCGGGGACAAAGGAAGGGUGGCGCAACCAGGCGCAGCUCGUGGACGCCAGAGACUCUGUCCACGAUGUCAAGUUCGCCCCUCGACACCUCGGGCUGCGUCUCGCGACCGCGUCCGAAGACGGCUUUGUGCGCAUGUACGAAGCAAUUGACGUGAUGAACUUGUCGCACUGGCCGCUGCAGGAGGAGUUUCUGGCUGACAAAGACGGUGCGACGUGCGUGUCGUGGAACAAGUCGCGCUUUGAUGUGCCCAUGACCGUCGUCGGUGGCAACAGCGACGUGGCCAAAGUCUGGGGAUACAAUAACUCGUACCGCAGGUGGCAGGUCGUUGCCGAACUUGUGGGUCACACGGACGCAAUCCAUGACGUGUGUUGGGCGCCCAACAUGGGUCGCUCGUCGCAUCUACUGGCGACGGCCAGUAAGGACCGCACAGUGCGCAUUUGGCGGCUGACAAUCCAGGCAGACGACCACUUGCAAGCCGAUGUCAAGGAAGUUGCGCGCAAGCACCACCAUGACUCGGAGGUCUGGCGUGUUGAGUGGAACAUUACCGGCACCAUGCUAGCAUCUUCCGGCGACGACGGUACCGUGCGCAUGUGGAAGAGUGACUUUGAGGGCAAUUGGGCGUGUGUCAACACCAUCUGUGGAGACUUGGGCCCUGCCGCGGCGCCGCCUCCGAUGGACUUGUGA